UCUCUCACUCGUAUCCUCCACUCAGUCUAGUGUGUGAGACUGUAGAGUAAAAAAAAAAAAGUAGUUACAAAACAAAAAUGAUGGGUAUGAGUUUGUUCAUGUGUAUGAUGAUUAUGGUGUGUGUGAUUUCUUGUGGUGAAGCAGCUCCAGGAGCUAAGUUCGAGGAUCUUUACCGUUCAAGCUGGGCUAUGGAUCAUUGUGUCAACGACGGAGAAGUCACAAAACUCAAGCUUGACAAUUUCUCUGGAGCUGGGUUCGAGUCGAGAAACAAGUACUUAUUCGGUAAAGUCUCUAUUCAGAUUAAGCUCGUGGAAGGUGAUUCAGCAGGAACCGUCACUGCUUUCUAUAUGUCUUCAGAAGGUUCGAACCACAACGAGUUUGAUUUCGAGUUCCUAGGCAACACAACCGGCGAGCCUUACAUAGUCCAAACAAACGUCUAUGUGAACGGAGUUGGAAACAGAGAGCAAAGACUCAACCUUUGGUUCGAUCCCACCACUGAGUUCCACACUUACUCUAUCCUCUGGAGUAAACGCAGUGUUGUGUUUAUGGUGGAUGAGACUCCUAUUCGUGUCCACAAGAACCUUGAAGAUAAAGGCAUCCCAUUUGCUAAAGAUCAAGCGAUGGGAGUGUACAGCUCCAUUUGGAAUGCAGAUGAUUGGGCUACACAAGGAGGUCUUGUGAAAACUGAUUGGACUCACGCUCCUUUCAUUGCUUCUUACAAAGAUUUCAAGAUUGAUGCUUGUGAGGUUCCGACAACAACUGACCUAAGCAAGUGUAGUGGAGAAGAUCAGAGAUUCUGGUGGGAUGAGCCGACUGUGUCUGAGCUUAGCCUUCAUCAGAAUCAUCAGCUUAUUUGGGUUCGAGCUAACCAUAUGAUCUAUGACUAUUGCUAUGAUGCUGCGAGGUUUCCUGUUACUCCUCUUGAGUGCCAACACCAUCGCCAUUUGUAGUCCAAAGUUGAUCUUCUGUUUAACUUGGGCAACAAGUUGGUUGUUGUCAAGAGUACAUGUGGCUCCUUGAUGAUUCUGUUUAUGUAUAAAUAAUCAAAUUAUCUAUUGAUUUUGUUGAA